GACUUCCCGCAGUUGGGUCUUCUUCGGCGACAUCCACGCUGCCUUCUCUGCAGCUGUCUGCGGGAAGACAGAGGAGGAAAUAUUAUUUUAAAAAUAAGGGACAACUUCUUUGUCCUCCGCUUCUGAUACUUUUGAUGAGCAGCGAAAGCAGGGAGCAAACUCUGCGGGUGUGUUUUCCCUCUUUCUUCUUCUUCGGUCGUUGCUAUGCUGGACUCUCUGCUUUCUGCCGGUUGGUAACGUUAAACCCGGGGAUGUGCGCGGAAAAGGCAGAUGGGGUGUGAAUUCAAAAUUCUGGAGAAGAUAUCAAGUUGGAGAGGGAAAACAUUACACACAGAAAGGUGAGUAGCAGAAGGUGUAUGCUGCCUUUUGCUGUGGUUUGCCUGCCACUACCAUGAGCUGGAGCUUCCUGACGCGCCUGUUGGAGGAGAUUCACAAUCACUCCACGUUUGUGGGCAAGAUCUGGCUCACCGUCCUCCUCGUCUUCCGCAUAGUCCUGACAGUCGUCGGAGGCGAGUCGAUCUACUACGAUGAGCAGAGCAAAUUCGUCUGUAACUCAGCCCAGCCGGGCUGCGAGAACGUCUGCUACGACGCCUUCGCUCCUCUCUCGCACAUCCGCUUCUGGGUCUUCCAAACCAUCCUGGUGGCCACGCCGUCCCUCAUGUACCUGGGCUACGCCGUCAACAAAAUCGCCCGGGCGGAAGAGCAGGCGGCUGUGCGGGGAUCAUCGCCGACUAAACUCAAGAAGCCUUAUCUGGCAAGCAGAAAGCAGCACAGGGGCGUCGAAGAGGCCGAGGACGACGACGAGGAAGACCCGAUGAUCUACGAGGUGACGGAGGCGGAGGACGACGGGGGCGCGAAGGGAGACGGCAGUGCGAAUCAAGCGAAAGCAAAGGUCCGCCACGACGGCCGUCGGCGAAUAAAAGAGGACGGGCUGAUGCGCAUUUAUGUCUUCCAGCUGUUGGCCCGUUCCAUCCUGGAGGUGGCCUUCCUCUGCGGGCAGUACCUGCUGUACGGGUUCGCUGUGCCUCCCAGGUACGUGUGCUCGGACCUGCCCUGCCCGCACAGCGUGGACUGCUUCAUAUCACGGCCCACCGAGAAAACCAUCUUCCUCCUCAUCAUGUACGCCGUUUCCGCGCUCUGCCUGGCUCUCAACGUUUGGGAGAUGCUUCACCUGGGCGUCGGCACCAUCUGUGAGAUCGUACGCUCCCGCCAGCUGCAGCUCCAGCUGCACGGCGACGACCUGUACGCGCUGACAAAGAGGAACAAAGCAGCUAACGAGGCAGGAUUAAGCGACGAUUACAGCAGCUCCCCUUUCACCUGGAACGAGCCGUCGGCGCCCCCCGGGUACAACAUCGCCGUCAAACCCGCGCCGACGUCAAGAGGGAAUCACGUCCCGCCUCUUCCCAUCACCGACCUCACCGACGCCAAGAUCACGUGCCGACAAAACCACGCCAACAUCGCCCAGGAGGAGCGUCAGCACUACAUCAAUAACGAGGAAAACCUGUGCAGGGCUGGUGGGGGAGACGGCCCCAGAAGGGCUCCCAACGACGUGGGCCAGGCUCAGAAGAAGCUGAACGCCAACAACCAGACCUACGGCCAGCUGCAGGGCAACAGCAACAACAACAGUAAGCCCAGCCGUGAACGUAAGCACCGGCAGAGCUCCCGGAAAACCGCCGGCAAGGCGGGGUCCAACGGGGGCAGCAGCGGCACGAGCAGCAGCAGCAGAUGUGGAGAGAUAAAGGGUUGUGAGUGGAUCUGAACUUAGACAGACUGGAGCUACGUUAUUUAACAUUCAGUAAAAGUUUCCAUAGAAACAUGAAUAAAGUGUCAACAGUGUCAUUACUGGUGUGAGCAUUUGCUUAUCAAAGUAAAUGUGUUGGGUGAAACGAGGAUCUUCAGGGACAAAGAAAUGAUUCAAGGGCUUAGUUUAAUUAGUAGUAGCUAGUUCUUUACGGCAUUUGUCUUUUUACGUUGUUAUUUACAUUUGACACUGAGCAGUUCUAGAGAGGAUUAGCUAAACCCCACUGCGUAAAUGUAAACAUCAAUAUGCAGAAAAGUGUUAAAAUAGCAAGAUGUGGGGUCUAAAAUAAUGUGUUAAAUCAGUUAGCUGAGAAACACAGAAGUUAUCCUCAGUAGAUGUUUUUAUUCUGGUAUAUUUUCUGCCAUUGUCUUGUUUUAUAUGCGUUAUCUCUGGAAGCAGAGGCCUCUACUUCAAGUGCCUUCAUUGAAGAGCCAAAGAACUGCUUAACAGUGACUCAGUUAGUGUUUUUCUAUAAACUAUUCUCACUAACGCGGACCUGACCAGCUGUCCAGUACUUGUGAUUCUUGACUAAAAUUGUUGUUUCUAGGUUCGCAAAGCAGUUCGUUUUUCCACUGAGCCAGCUUUAUGUGGACUGUUUCCUUAAUCCAGAAAGACUUAUUUAGGUUUUUACAAUGUUUUAUAAUGUUCUGGUUUUUAUUAUUGUUUGAGACUGAGGGAGAGAAGAAAAAAAAGCUGUUUAUGUUUUUCCAUGUUUUCCAUUUGAUCACCACUACUUUGAUGUUUACAUUUUACAUGUUUUAAUAUAUAUAUAUAUGUUGUAGGUUAUUGUGCAGAUUCAUCCUACUUUUGUUCAACUAUUAUGCAACACAUGCGGCACCCAACCUCAUGUUUAACCUUGCCUGGUAUAAAUCAGAUUGAUUUUCAAACCGGAAUGAUGAUUUUGGGUUGUUGAAAGAUAUUUUUCCUUUUUACAAACAACUGCAUGUUUUCAAUAAAGAUUCUGUAUUUUCUG